UCCUGCACUCGGGUGACCGCCGCUACAUUGAGAAGCCGCUCAAACCCGCACCUCAACCCAUCAUCACCAAGACAAAGGUGACAAUCGACCCGCCAAGCAAGUCGCAGGCGCAGGCGCCGCGGCCCAAGUACUCCCCACAGAGCUCUAUCGAGCCCGGCAAGAAGAAGUACGGAGCCAAGCUCGGAGACUCUGACUCCACCUCCUCAAGAUCUAGAAGUGCUACUAAGGAACUAGUCUUGCCAGCAUCAGACUCGUCGAUGUGCGCGCCAUCUUUCGCGCGUGCGUUGCCGGAUGCUGUGACAGCGCGUGACGCGGCGCCGCUGCUGUUGUCGUGCAGUGUGCGCGGUGACCCCGACCCCCGUGUGGAGUGGUACAAGGAUGGUCAGCCGCUGCACUCCUCUGAGGUGGUGAACCUGAAGUACAAGAACAGCGUAGCAUCACUUGCGAUCGCGGAAGUGUUCCCCGAGGACGAGGGCGUGUACUCGCUGAAGGCCAUCAACAGCCAGGGCGAGGUCGAGACCAAGUGCAACGUCACCGUUAAACCGGCGGAGAGCGCGCCCACUGGCGGCGUCAAGUUCGGUGACAAGCCGCCCAGGAUCGUAGACCACGCAGUGUCACAGAUCGUCAAUGAUGGUGAUGCUGUCACCUUGUCCUGCAGGAUUGUCGGCGCGGAGAGGUUCGACGUAGUGUGGCUCCACAACUACAAAGAAAUCAAGCCCUCCAAGGACUUCCAGUACUCCAGCGAAGCCAACAUACACAAGCUGCACAUCGCUGAGAUAUUCCCAGAGGAUGCAGGUGUGUACACAUGUGAAGCGUUCAACGACGCAGGCGAGUCGUUCUCGUCGUGUUCGUUAGUGGUGCGUGUGUCGGGCGAGCAGGCAGCUACUCCGCAGUACGCCGCCUUCCCCGCCUCCGUCACUGUCGCUGCAGCCGAGCCUGCUGUCUUCACUGCGCAGUUGGAGCAGCCACCACUCCAACUGCAAUGGUUGAAGGACGGCAAACCUAUCGACGAAAGUUCGCCGCGCUACAACUUCACGAUGGAGGGCGCCACCUACCGCCUGGAAAUAACAAAAUGCAGCUCUGACGACAGCGGACAGUAUCAAGCACGCGCUGUCGGCAACAAGGGAGACUCCCUCGCCGCUUUCUAUCUCAAUGUUGUCGACAACUAGACAACAACUGACUGGACCCAAAUUACACCCCUGCGGUACACCAAGACUUUAUACAAACUUACAAAUAAAUUAAUCUCGAAUAUUAAACUGGAAUACGAUUUUUAUACAAUUCGGAGUCUAAUGUAAAGGAGUUUUUUUUAUAUUAAAUUAUUUAUUAAUAUAUUAAGUAAAUGAUAAGUGUUACACCCUAUCGAAUGCCUAUGAGAAAUCGCUUGGAAUAUCGAAUCCUCGCUCUCUAGUCACUUUUAAAUGUUAUUUUAUUAUUUAUUGUCGACAUUAUUCAGUUGUUACGUUGUUUAUUUAACAGAAAAUCGCAGCUUCUAUUUGAAAAUUUAUAAGCUUUGAAGUUAAUCAAUGUUGCUUUAGUUUUGUGCCGGCGGCGCGCGGGGGCGCCCUGUCCGCCACCACAGGCCGCUCGUCGCGACAUCGCCGGAACAAAUCCUAAUUAUUUUUAUAUAAAUUGUAUUAUUUAAUUGUACAUAACUUAUAUCAUGCGACAGCGUAAUUUAUAAAUAAAUAUGUAUACCUUAAAAAUUAAAA